UCACAGGAGCUUUAAAUCUGAAACUCUCCAGCAGUGGAGGUGGGUCUGCUGUAGCUCAGUAGGAGGAGCGUUCAGUUGAGGAUUAGAGCUGCUUCACCUAUGAGUGUGUAUGCAGAGGACCAGGUUAAGUAGCACGGCUUCACUCAAGGACUGUAAGGCGUACUGUUAUGAAAGAGGGACACUGUGCAUCUGCGAGAUCGAAUAACUCGGUUCUGUGCUAGGACUCGGUGUGCUGAGUGAGUCAAACCUGCUGAUCGACGCCGCCGCUCCACACUGCUGUGCGCUUUUCACGUCCAGCCGGAGGAUCCGUCCCACGAAAACUUCAAAUGGCAUCUUUUGAAGAAGCAUCUCUUCAGCAUUGUGAAGAAAUAGAGCAGUGACAGCGUGACAAGAAUGAGGACCUUGUCUGCUUAGCGACCCGUCUCUCCUGAAGAUGUUCCAGCAAAGGUCCUCUGUGAUUAUCCCUCCUCCCAUGGUUUUGGUUGCACUCAGUAAGCAGUCAGGAAUGUCCUCCUUCUCCUGCCUAUGACAUGGUUUAACCCACGCACUACCUGGUCACCAUGAUGAUGGCCUCCAUGGUUGCCAAUGGAAAUCGAGAUGGGCAGUCUCUGGUCCUGAAGGGGGUGGAUCCAGAGACCUGCAUGAUUGUGUUCAAGAACCACUGGGCUCAGGUGGUGAAGAUCUUAGAAAAGCAUGACCCCCUUCGCAGCAGCUCCACCCUGUCUUCCCUCAGUGUCAUCAACCUCAGCACUGGCUCCAGCAGUAGCCCUCGUUUCGGCCCCAUCCCAGGGGACGAAGCGAGCGCAGUACAGAACUAUGUGGAGCACAUGCUGUUCCUGUUGAUAGAAGAGGAGAGUGGCCAGGCCGGUGCCAUGGGCCCCAUCUUGGAGUUUGUGGUGAUGGAGAACGUGAUGGAGCGUCUCUUUGUGUGGAGCUUGCGCAGGGAGUUCACGGACGACAUGAAGCUGGAGCAGCUCAAGAUGUAUGAGAUGCUGGUGGGUCAGGCGCAUCAGCCUCUGUUGCAUCACAAGCCUAUCCUGCGACCGCUCAUGAUGCUGCUGUCGUCCUGCUCGGGCACAACGGCGCCGAGGGUGGAGGCCGAGCUUGUGCUGCUGCUCAACCAACUGUGCUGCGUUCUGGCAAAGGACACGUCAGUUCUGGAGCUGUUUUUCCACACCAGCGAGGAUCAGGGAGCAACUAACUUCCUCAUCUUCUCCCUGCUCAUCCCCUUCAUCCACAGGGAGGGAACAGUGGGGCAGCAGGCUAGAGACGCUCUACUGCUCAUCAUGUCACUGUCUGCUGAGAAUGAGCGGGUGGCCAAACACAUCGCAGAGAACACUUUUUUCUGUCCGGUGCUGGCCACAGGGCUGAGCGGCCUGUACUCAUCCCUGCCCACAAAGCUAGAGGUUCCCAAUGAGGAGUGGCACUGCCUGCACAGAGAGGACUGGCUGCGAAUGCCGUCCCUCGUCCAGUUUCUCAACUCACUGGAGUUCUGCAACGCUGUUAUUCAGGUGGCCCAUCCUGAUAUCAGAGACCAGCUUGUUGGCUACAUCUACAACGGAUUCCUCGUGCCUGUUCUAGCACCUGCUCUCCACAAGCUGACCCUCGAAGAAGUGAUGACGACCACAGCGUACCUGGAGCUCUUCCUGAGGAGUGUAUCAGAGCCGGCCUUGUUGCAGACCUUCCUCUCCUUCAUCCUCCUCCACCAACAUGAAAAUGUCCACAUCUUAGACACUCUAGUCAGCCGCAUAAACACCCCCUUCCAGCUGGGGACUGUGUCACUGGCACUUUUCCGCACUCUCAUCGGCUUGUACUGUGAAGAUGUGAUGCUGCAGCUCGUUUUGAGGUACCUGAUCCCCUGUAAUCACAUUAUGUUGAGUCAGAGGCGUGUGGUGAGAGAGAGAGACUGCUACUCUGUGUCUGCAGCCAAGAUCCUGGCUUUAACGCCGUCCUGCUGCUCGCCUGAUCAGAGUCCCCCGCCCCUCAGACAGCUGGAGUCCAUCCUCUUUUCCAAAGGUGCAGAGAUGCCCAACGCCACAGGCACCCCAGAGGAGAAGGAGACCUUCUUGGAGGCACAUGAUGGAUCAGGUAACUCCUGCACCAUCGGAUCAGAAAUCUACCUGGACGUCAGCUACCUUCAUUACCUCUAUGACGCCCAUUUGAGCAUCAGUAGCUGCAUACGAGCCUGUCAGGCAUGGUCUGCGCCUUAUGAUGGCGAGGAGCCGCCUCCUGAGAAAUAUCAGCCUGGUGUCCUGGAGGAGUCGGGGCUGAAGGGUCGUCACACCCAGAUGGCUCUCAAGAGGAUUCCCCAGCCAGUACCACCACGCCCUCGACCCUGCCUGCCGCCCAAUGCAGAAGCGGCCUCUGUCACCCAGCUGGAGCUCGAGUGGGAUGAUAGUUACGAUGCCGGCCCGAUGCAGAUUGCUGGGGCUCCUAAAGAGAGUAAACCUCCAAUACAGGCAUCUGCUGAGCCUCCAGUACACAUCCAAGAGAUGAGGAAAACAGCCAUCAUGUUGGUGAAAGGCUCUUAUAUAGAGGAAAAUGAGUUUCAGGAUGACGUCAUGGUGUAUGAUCUUGUCGCUAAGAAAGACGCCAGAGAGGUUGAGCGUGUCAGACUCAACUCAAGUGGGUCUAAAACACAGGAGACUCAGCCAGACUCAGCAGAUGUUCCCCUUAAAAACGGACUCAGUGUGACCCCUCCAAUCUCUGUGACAGCUGCUAACAAAAGCAGCUCUGACUCAAAAUCCAAAAUUCAGACAGACUGUAAUUCCAACCUCGAAAAGGCCACUUCUCCUGAGGUGGCUGACGACCUUUUGGCCCAGUAUGAGGAGCUUAUCCGUACGUUGGACUCUCAAGCAGCUGGCAAACAAGUAAAAACUGAUGGAGAGAUCAAGAAGCCUGUUAAACCUGCAGAGGAAGAGGAGGAGGAGGAGGAGGAGGAGAUGGACUUCACUUCCUUCUCUUCUGAGACACCAGAGAAACUCAUUCAUCCACCAUUUGGGACUAAGUUUUCCAGCAGCGGUGCAGGAAGGAACCACUCAGUGCCUUUCACUGGUCCUUUUGUCAGUGUGUUGUUAUCUCGUAUGGAGAACAUGCUGUCCAACUCGCUCCAUGUCAACCUGUUGUUGACGGGCAUCCUGGCACAGUUGGCUGCCUACCCUCAACCCCUCCUGCGCUCAUUUCUUCUCAACACCAACCUGGUCUUUCAGCCAACUGUUCGCUCCCUUUACCAGGUGUUAGCCACCGUAAAGUACCAGAUAGAAGACAUGGCUGCCACCAGAAAAGACUUCCCAGAGUCUAUCACUGCAGCUCAGCACUGGCUGCUGGCCAGGGAGAAUUUAAUAAUGGAAGCAGAUGAAAGCAUCAGCAGACACUCAAACAGUGGCGAGGUGGGAAAAAUCUUGAAGAACUCUCCUCCACCAAUACCCAAAGCCAUCUCUCUGGACCGGACUGAGGUCUUUGCUACAGUCCUCUUCACAGAGUUCCUCAAAGAGCUGGCUGCCAUUGCACAAGAGCACUCCAUCUUAUCAUACAUUCCUAUGGAAGAGUGAUCGCAUCUCAACAGACCCUCAAAGACUUUCUUGUGAUGGUAUUUUUUUUGUUCUUUUAAGGCAGUACUUGAUCAAGAAACCUCUUAGAUCAAGUGAUUUUUACAGCUACUUUUUAAGAAUAAUGGUGUAUUUAUUUUACAAGCAAAGAUAAUCAGUUUUAUGUGAUUACAGAUUAGUCUUUCUACUUUUGUAAAUGGGUUUGGCAGCCAAGUUGGAGGUCCAAACUUUCACCUACACCAGCCACUCAGAAGAGCAUGCUCCAGGUCCACCAACCAAAGACUGUAGACAUUUUAAUAAAAGCUGCAUUUUUUUAGCCUCGAUUUGAGGCUCUGCCCCUGAUCUGAAUGUCUUCUACAACCAGCUCUAACCACAGCUAGUUUGUGACCGGUUGACACUUACGUGGCCUUUCUCCACUGGAGAGUUGUCGCCUCUCUACUGCUGGCUAACACACUGUAAGUGAGAACCUUACUGCAAAAUAAUGUAAAACAAGGAUAUCUGUGAAAGCUUUUUAUGCAACUGUUACAUGACUUAAUUUCUCUGGUGGUCACUUUUUGGUGUUCUCGAAAAGUCUUUGUGUGGCAGAGGUGCAUUUGUUUUUGGUGUUUUUCUGUACACUCAUCAUGGUACCUCAGGAGUCCUUUUUGAGCACGUGCUGUUCUUUCGGUUAUUUAACAGCCUUUGGGUGGAGCAAUUUUCCCACAAUGCACUAGUUUCUCACAUCAGUGGACUUCACAUGUUCUCCAGAUGAGAGCAAUAAAACAUUUUUUUCAAGGUAUCUUAAAUUUGCCUUACUUCAGUGACACUCUGUGAUGUAAAUACUGUAAGAACACUAUGCAAAUCAUUGGUGUAUGUGGUGUAAUUAAGUUUUGGUUAUUUUCAGAAGGGGGCGGGGUAUUUAAAUUUAAUGAGAGUUUCUAUUGCCAUAUUUUUUUUAAUAAGGUUAUAAUAAAAAGCUAGUUGUUUUGGUUUGUCAUCAUGUUGUUUUAAGGGUCUGUGUUGGGUGUUUGUCUUAGUUGUGAUGUCUGAACUAUCUGAUUGCAGCUGUUAUUUAGGGUUUUCUGUUGGCCUUUUAUUUUAGUCCAGGUAUUGCACAUAGUUGUUUGUGUGAUAGUUGAAUAAUACAAGAGAAAUAUUUUGGUACAAAGCAUGCCUCAGCUGUCUAAAUGCCUUUACCAGAGCAAAAAUUCUUACUAACCAGUGCCUGAAACAUGAUUAUAACUUCACACUAUGCCUGAUUUAUGACAGAGUUAUACAGAGGUAACACACAAUAUGUCUGUUUAAUCUUAAAUAAGCAUUUGGGUCUUUUAUUGUGAAAGUGCAAAGGAAGGCCAUUGGGACUAAGAAUGUGCAAAACUGAUUGUUUCAUUUAUUUUUUUUAAUGCAUACUGUUCAUGUUAGUUAAACUUCAUAGUGAUUGAUUCGAGUUUGAGUUCAUUUCCUGGAAAAAAGGUUUAAUCAAAAUUCACAACAUUAUAGGAAGAUAUAAACGCAUGUUGUGUCAAUGUGAACAGAAACCAAGAAAGUUUGAAAUUGCUUGAAUGUUAUCUAAAAAUAUGUGGAUGCUAAAAACUGUUUUAAAUUUAUUUUUUUUUCUCUAUCAUGAGAAAUCCAGAAUAGAAUGGACUGCUCUAAGUAAAUCCAACAUAGAACAGAUGUAUUUUUCUACAAACUCAAAUUAUAGGAAGGACUAUUUUGAGAAUACAAGGCUUAAAACAAACUUUAAAUCUGCUUAUUUUUGAAACACAGUGUUGGUUAUGGCCAUCAGCUCCUACAGUAAGUCCAGCUAAUACAUGAAGAGUUUAAUCUAACUGUAUUUUCUUUAUUUUAAAAUCCAUCCAGUUUCUACUUGAUGCUAUGCAGGCAAUCAUCUAUGUUGUACAAUCUUUGUGUGUGUUUCAAAACUGGCCUGGAAAUGUAUAUUUUUUAACAGUCAGACAGUUUGACUUUGUGGAAUACUUCUCUCUCCAGUUAAGGACUGUUUCAGAGCACUUUAUCAGCCUUUCAUACUACAGUGCCACUAAAACCCUCAACCUGCACAGAUUCAGUCACACAGACACAACACAGCACAACAGUGGCUGCCUGAGCAGUGGUGUGGCAUGAAAACGGGUACUAUAACAGUGAUUUUACACCAGUUUCUGUCUAAGUAGGUUCUUGCUCCAAAGAUUUACUCUCUCUGACACCGUUUGGCCUCAGUUUCCAUCCAAGAUGCGAUCAGGUUGAUGUUUGUUGCUGAUGACUCUUUUAAUAAAACAACUUCUUGUAUAUGAAACUGGA